AUGCGCCAAGUUAGGCUUGUAGGCAAUGAGCAUCUCUACAAGACGAAAUUAUACGACAAAGAGCUACUAAUGGUUAUGACUGUUCGCUUGAUUAUAGGAUUGAAGAAGAAUAUAUAUGAAGACGUUUUACAAUAUGAUGACAUUUCACGAUAUAACAAUGCUUUACAAGAUGAUGACAAUUAUAAUAAUAUUUCACAAUAUUUUACCGAUGAUAAAAAUAUAUAA